CAUGCUUACUUGACUAUUCUCAAAAGCGCGAAGUUAGGCAGUCAUCUUAACAUAUGGUUUAGAGGGCAAAGUUAUCUUCACUACUAGUACUGUGUUUUGUUCUGCGACUGAUCGUUAUCUCAUUAAUCAGAUACUUUGCGGCCUUGCCGAACGGGGCUUCUUCGGACCCGUUGAGGAGGAGCGAUUGCGGAGGUCUGCAGGCGGUACAAGUAUACCGGAGCUUCUUAGGUUCGACCAAGUCACCCCAAGUUGGAUAUUCCCACAAUGAUAAAUCCUACUUCAGUACUCGUCGCAGCUUGCUUGCUUAUUAGCGCUCUUGCCAAUGCCUCAAGAGGCAACAAUGAGCAUGAGCAGCAGUACUCUCCCAACUAUCUGGCCCCAGCCUCGCACAGCAACAACUCGAUUCUCGAUAAAAUCCAGGCACGCGGCUACCUGAAAGUCGGCACAACUGGAGAUUAUAAGCCGUUUUCGUACAGAGUGACAAACCGGACAGCUCUCCCUGCUACUCCGGCCAUCAACACUACGUACAUUGGGGCCGACAUCGACUUGGCUCAAUCGCUCUCAAAUUCCCUUGGCCUCUCACGCCCAGUUGAGUUCGUUCCCACUGUCUGGGCGAACCUUUCGGCAGAUAUCGCAGCACAAAAGUUCGAUAUUGCCAUGAGUGGUGUCAGCAUCACUCUAGCCCGUGCGCAGAAGCUCUUCUUCUCUACUGCGAUCCAGCGCGUGGGCAAGGCCGCCUGCGUGCGAUGUGCAGAUCUUGUCAAAUUUUCUUCUCUCGCCGCUAUCGAUACUGCUGGUGUCAAAGUGGCUGUCAACCCGGGUGGUACAAACGAGGCGUUUGACCGGGCAAACUUGAAGACAGCUACUAUUGUAUUGGUGCAGGACAAUAAUGCCGUCUACAAGGCUGUCAUGGAUGGCGGUGUUGAUGCCAUGAUUAGCGACAUCAUCGAGGUUGAACUGCAGGUUCGGUUGCAUCCUGGAGUGCUUUGCAUCGUUAACCCGAAUGCGACCUUCACGUUUGAAGAGCUGGGCUACAUGGUCGAUCGAGACAUUGCGUGGAAGCAGUACAUGGAUCUGUUUGUUCACGUCCAGCAGGGAAAUGGAAAUUGGAAUCGCACUUUGGAGAAAUGGAUGUCCUAUAAGUGGCCGUUGGUGUAAUUAAGCCUGUUAAAGACAGUAGAUUCAUGCAGGCAUUCACGAAACUUAUCGAGGAAAGGAUUUAAUACCGCGAAGAAUUCACUACCAUGUCAAACUAUUUGGUAGCUGAAAAGACUUGAGGUCAACAGGGUCGCAGAAAUUGCCAUCUUGACUGGAAAUGACAGUCGGCUCUUGUUGAGAUGACCUGCUGAGACCAUCACGGCGUCAAUCUGGGGCUUUCACUCAGAACUGUUCACCCUGUCAACCUGUCCUUGAGUGUAUUGUGUGCUUAAUUGCAAAGUGCAGCUUGUAGUGAAGGUGUCACGGUCUGAUCUUAUGCAGGGCCCUAGAGGUAGUCAAGGUAGAGAUAAUGACACAAAAUUCCC